GCUUGUUAACGUGACUCAGAUAUAUGCACACGUACAUUAUAUAUAUAUUUGAAUUCAAUAAAAAUAUAUUUAAACGUUCAAAUAUUUUUCGAGAGAAGUUAUAAGUACUUUGUAUUUUCGUUGUGCAGUAUUUCCAGUGUUUGUGACGGUGUAGCCUUUAGGUGUUGAGAUUGUAGUACUUAUGGUGUACUAAUAUAGAUCACUUACUGACUGUGUAAUACGGGUUUUAUAAUCAAAAUAACGACUAAAAUUGAACGUAAGGAUGAAAACGUCCAAGUGUACCCAAAGGUCCUGCGAACAUUGCCGGAACCGGUCAGAUCCCCCGAGUUAUUCCGAGGACGAAUACGAUUACUUGGCGAAAGUUGUUCUGAUUGGUGAUAGUGGUGUGGGUAAAAGUAACCUCCUGUCCAGAUUCACCAGAAAUCAGUUUAGUCUGGAGAGCAAAAGCACGAUAGGGGUGGAGUUUGCCACCAGGAGUGUGCACGUGGACGGUAAGACGCUGAAGGCUCAGAUAUGGGACACUGCGGGACAGGAUCGAUACAGAGCCAUUACUAACGCAUACUACAGAAAAGCUGUGGGCGUGGUGAUGGUCUAUGACAUCACUAAGCGCUUAACCUUCGACAACUUAGAAAAGUGGCUAAAGGAAGUGCGUGAUUUCACUGAUGACGACGUAAUUCUAAUUUUGGUGGGGAACAAAACAGAUCUACGCCAUUUACGUGCAGUGACGUCAUCGGAGGCUCGGCUAUAUGCUGAGAAGAACAAGAUGUCGUUUAUUGAAACCUCAGCCUUAGACUGCUGCAACGUAGAGACAGCGUUUCAGACCGUUCUAACAGAAAUAUACUCCUUGGUGUCACAGAAAGAUCUCAGAGACAAUUCGGGAGGUUUCAAUCUUAUUGACGAUAUCCAGACAUUUGAAGUCACACAAAAUGGAAAGGAAGAAGAAGGGAAAAAGAAGUGUUGUGUUAUUAUGUGAUUCUUUUGUAUCAACGUCAUCAUCACCGUCGGCAGUCAUCAUCGUCAUCUUCAACGUCAUCAUCAUCUUCAUUGUCAUCUUCAUCAUCAUUAUUACAUUUGUAUCAUCACCGUCAUCAUCAUUAUUAUUAUUUCGUCAUCAUCAUCGUCGUCAUGAUUUUCAUCAUGAUCAUUAUCAUCGAUAGCAGAAGCGAUUUUUCGAUGUAUAAUUGUACCUACUUCAAUUUACUUUGAAAUGAAAUAGUAUGCGUUGUUGGCGAGAUCCCCGCAUAGUUCUAGGCAGUAUGUCAGUGGUUGUGUCAGUCAGACUUAAAGGUUCGUGCUUUGAAUAAAUGAGAUUUUGUUCGUUGAAUUGAUGUACAAUGUCAAAGUUCAUGCCCAGCACUCGUUACUUGUCUGUUAUAUUUUGUACUCGUAUUUCCUACUGAUGAUGCACGUGUGUGUAGCGUUUUUGCUCGAUAUACACAUGUAUAUAUGUGUGUUGUUGUUGUUUUAGAUGUGAUACUUGCACUUUAUACAAAUUUAUACACGUGUGUAUGUUUGUGUAUGUUUGUGUGCGUUUGUGUAAGACCUGUCGUUGGGUCGAAUGCUGAUUGACAUGUUUUAUACUAAAAUAAAUAUUAUCCUGUUCUAAC